AUGGAUUGUUACUCUCCCACCAAGCUAAUUCGAACCAAAUCUCUCUCCUUCCACCCCGCCGCAACCACCUUCAACCCACUUCCCUUCCGGGACCUAACCCUCCCCGCAUACUCCCUCAUCUCCUCCCCGCACUCCCCCUCGCGCUUCCCCCCGGGCUCUCCCACGCGCGGCGUUUCCCCGGGCUCCGCGGAACCCAUGUCCGCGGAUGCCUUCUCCGCCGCGCCGUUCGGCUCCCCCUACCACCCUUCCCCCUCCGUCAGCGCAACCUUCCCCGCGAGCUCCCCCGGGUCUCCCUUCCCCGCGCCGUCUGCUGCUGCAGGUAGCACUGCUGCCAGUGGCGGUAGUAGUGCUGGCAACAGCGGUGCUGGUGUGUCAAGGUCUGCAUCUGCACGUCACCAGCACCUCAUGCGACGCCGACAGAAAUCCUCCCUCACGCCACAGCCGAGCCUGAUCCUUCCCCCGGACCGUAAGCGCAAGUUCGGCAUGUGGGACGGGGCGUGGCAGGGCGCGGGGGGCGUGGGGGGGGAGGUGCGCGUGGCAGUGCACUAUGGGCUGCACGAGGUGGUGCGGCAGGGGGAUGGGGGGGCGGGGACGAGUGCAGCAUCAGCAACAGCACCAGCAGCAGCGGCAGCAGCAGUGGAGCUUGCUGCUGCUUCGCUGGCGCCUCGUGAUUGGCUGGAAGGCAUGUUCCCGCGGGGCUCUGUGGACAGGAUCUUGCCAGUUGUCGCUGGAUCGGAAACUGCUGCUGCUGACGUGGCACUGCCAGGCUGGCCUGAGGACGUGGAGGAGGCAGCGUUGCGGCUGCUGCGGUCGAUUGACCACGUGGCAGAGCAGUGGCAGGAUGAGAACAUUAUUGUUGUCAGUCACUCCGAUGCCGUACACGCGUCCAUCCUUCGAUGCAGGAAGCAUGCAACUGUUCACAACAUUUUGACAGCAGGAUACGUGCACACACAGAGGAAUGUGUACCGGGACCAGGAGGACGAGGAGGAGAGAGGCGUUGGCCAAUGGCAGCUUGCGUCUCGCUCUGGGAGCACAGGGAUUUUCUUUAAUUAG